CUGUUCCUCAGCUGUAGCAGGUGUGGGCAGCAGUGGCAUUAAUUGUAAUACACUUUUUCACCAACAAUAGCAGUAAUGACAAUCUCAAAAGAAGAGAAGAAGUCUGGAGCUAAAGUUAUAGAGAAGUUGCUUUAAUGCAACAAUUAUGACUUAAGUGGUGAAGCUGUAGUUUCAUUUGUAUUUACAUUUUAUUUACAGUUUAUUUAAGAAACGUAUAAAAAAAAAAAAAUCAUAAUUUUUUAUGCAGUACUUAUUUUUCUAAUCAGCCUUACCUAAGUCUAAGGUUUAUAUGUUAAAUAAACAUAGUCUUUAUAAUUAACACAUGGUUUCAUAUCCAUCCAUCCAUUUUCCAACAGUUAUUCCCUUUAGGGUUGCGGUGGGUGCUGGAGCCUAUCUACGCUACUAUCGGGCGGAAUGCGGCGUACACCCUGGACAAGUCACCACCUCAUCGCAGGGCCAACAUAUCAUGUGUUAUAAACUUUAAGUCGGUGAGAUGUAAUUAUUGAAUAUGAUUAAAAUAAGAGUAAAAUGACUAAUUCAGUUUAAAUAUUUGAGUGGGCCUUGGGGCCCUCUGUAGUGGAAAAGUUGGGCCCCAAGGUAAAAAAAUGUAAGAACUAUGAUUUUUUUAAUGUGCAAUUUGAAGUAAGAGAAGCUAAAACUUUUCACCUUAUUUCCCCCCCCUGAUGUUGCAAUGUUAAUCUGAAUUUCACCUUUGUGGCAAUACAAUCAUAAAGAUUUAGAAAAUACAGGACAUUUUUAAACAGUGUUAGUGGUAGGAAAAGGUACACAUGUACUCAUAACUGGCCUAACAUUGUCUCAAUACUUGUGCAAACAGUGGACUUCUUUUAGCAGCUAUAAACACAAUAUGACGGUAUGUAAUAGUGUACUACUGUAACAAGAGGCUUAUAUUCCUAAAUAAUCCUAAAAUGUGCUGCUGUUGCACUUUUUUACUAUUGCAUAAGUCGGUGUGUGUUAUUGCACAGCUUGCUUCUUCUCUCUUGCAGGUCUCCCUGUUUGCAAGUGGGCUAGUAUUUUUAGCAGCAGAGUCCUAUUUCUGCAGAGAUUCGACUUGGCCGCCGCACACACUCACUUGCGUUUUUCUGAGAGAGCUAGAAGGCCAACAUUUGUCUUUUUUUUUCCUCGAUCAAUGUAAUCAUUCCGUGUUCUUUCACAGAUUUUUCCGUCCGCUUUAAGAUGAGGAGAAGGCGUGUGUCGUCCCCUCGUGCUUGAAGGAUUUAAACACUCACAGCUUGUGUGCACAUCUGCUGCUGCAGCCACGAGUCAAUUCAGUGCAAAGCAGAGCCCAGAUUUGAGAAUGACGGAGGUCCUGAUUUGUCAAUGGCAAUGUGGCGGGGAAUGAGAACAUCUUUAAUUGAGAAGAAGAAGAGCGUGUGGAGUGAAUGAUGGUGGCCUCACAGCAUCAAACUGAAGAGCAGAUAGCCGGCAUGUUUAAUGGAUCAGCGACAAGCUGAGAUGGAUGGAGUACAAGAGCGGAUGCGGGCAUGUGAUUGGCUGCAGCCUCACUGGAGUGGAUGGGAGCGGGAUGCAGGACGAGAGGUGGCUGCCAGGAAGCUGUGGAUGGCCCCCGCUGAGCCCUCCUGCUGCGCCUCUGGAAUGAUGUGACCUCCCCGUUUCUAAAGUGGGGUGAAGAUGCCGGUGAUGAAGGGGCUGCUGGCCCCCCAAAACACAUUCCUGGACAACAUCGCCACUCGCUUCGAUGGCACCCACAGUAACUUCCUAUUAGGCAACGCUCAGGGCCACCGCGGCUACCCCAUCGUCUACUGCUCGGACGGCUUCUGCGAGCUGACGGGCUUUACUCGCACCGAGGUCAUGCAGAAGAACUGCAGCUGCCGCUUCCUGUACGGCGCCGACACCAGCGAGCACGUGGCCCAGCAGAUGGAAAAGGCUCUGGAGGGCCGAGAGGAGUACCAGGGCGAGGUGCAAUUCUUCAGGAAGAACGGUGUAGCCUUCUGGUGUCUUUUGGACAUUGUGCCUAUAAAGAACGAGAAGGGCGAGAUGGUUCUCUUCCUCUUCUCGUUCAAAGACAUAACGGACAGCCAUGGGAAAAGUCAUCACAACAGCAGGAGAGAAGUUUCAGAGGACAAGCGGCGCAGGCGGAAGGGCAGCUCUCACCUGAGCGAGGCCAGGAAGCGAGGGCGCACCAUGUUGUACCAACUCACUAACCACUUCUCCAGCGGGGGCAAAGGGGACGUCAACCUGGGCAGUAGCAUCAUUGACAAGCCCUCAGUACCGGAGUACAAGGUGGCGGCAGUGCAGAAGUCCCGCUUCAUCUUGCUGCACUACAGUGUGUCCAAAGCGCUGUGGGACUGGCUCAUCCUCCUCGCCACCUUCUACGUGGCCGUCACCGUACCGUACAACGUCAGCUUCACACCGUACCACGACACAGUGACGGCGGCGCGCUCCACCAUUGUGAGCGACAUUGCGGUGGAAAUGCUCUUCAUCAUCGACAUUAUCCUAAAUUUCCGUACCACAUUUGUGAGCCAGUCAGGCCAGGUGGUGUACCAGUCACGCUCAAUUUGCAUUCACUACGCCACGACUUGGUUCUUCGUGGAUUUGGUGGCCGCUCUGCCCUUUGACUUGCUGUAUGCCUUCAACAUCACAGUGGUCAGUUGCCUUCAACCAGUAAUGCCAGCAAGCAGAUGUCAAGGAUGCCUUUUUUUCAUUUUUUUGAAAUGUCUUCUUCCAAAACAGACUUCGCUGGUCCACUUGCUCAAGACGGUACGUUUGCUGAGGCUCCUUCGCCUGCUCCAGAAACUGGACCGCUACUCGCAGUACAGCGCCAUGGUGCUGACUCUCCUCAUGUCUGUUUUCGCCCUGUUGGCGCACUGGAUGGCCUGCAUUUGGUACAUGAUUGGACGCAAGGAGAUCGAGACCAGCGACUCCUGGGACAUAGGAUGGCUCCAUGAGCUGGGCAAACGCCUGGAGAUGCCCUACGUCAACAACACGGUCGGCGGCCCGUCGGUGCGCAGCUCGUACAUCGCCGCCCUCUACUUCACCCUCAGCAGCCUGACCAGUGUCGGCUUUGGCAACGUGUGCGCCAACACAGACGCCGAGAAGAUCUUCUCCAUCUGCACCAUGCUCAUCGGCGCGUUGAUGCACGCCCUGGUCUUCGGGAACGUGACGGCCAUCAUCCAGAGGAUGUACUCGCGGCGCUCGCUUUACCACACGCGCAUGAAGGACCUGAAGGACUUCAUCCGCGUCCAUGGGCUGCCUCAGCAGCUCAAGCAGCGCAUGCUUGAGUACUUCCAGACAACGUGGUCGGUCAACAACGGGAUAGACGCCAACGAGCUCCUCCACGAUUUCCCCGACGAGCUGCGGGCCGACAUCGCCAUGCACCUGAACAAAGACAUCCUGCAGCUGCCCGUGUUCAAGGGCGCCAGCCGAGGGUGCCUGCGCUCGCUCUCCCUCCACAUCAAGACCUCCUUCUGUGUCCCCGGGGAGUACCUCAUCCGCCAAGGCGACGCGCUACACGCCAACUACUUUGUAUGCUCCGGUUCUUUGGAGGUGCUGAAGGACGGCAUGGUGCUGGCCAUACUGGGAAAAGGGGACCUAAUAGGCUCUGACCUUCCUGGAACCGAUCAGGUGAUCAAGACCAACGCUGACGUGAAGGCCCUUACGUACUGCGACCUCCAGUACAUCAGCGUUCGCGGGCUGAGGGAGGUGCUGGACCUUUACCCUGAGUACGCCAGCGUGUUUGCCUCUGCCAUCCACAACAACCUGACCUACAACCUCCGGGAGGGCAGCCAAGAUGAGGGCCUCAGCAGGUUUUCAAGAUCGCCAAGGAUCCUCCAUGAGCCCAGACUGACUCCUAUUGUUGAAACCAAGAGCGAGGUCCUGGACGACUCCUUCCAUCUUUCUCCGGCCACGCGCUCCCGCCGUAACCUGCUGCUGCCCAGCCUGAGCAGCCCCGUCCGCCGCACGUCCCUCGGCAACCUCCUUGGCGACGAGCUGCGCCAGUUCAACGCCCUGCGACGCUGCCGCUCCCCCAACCUGAGCCGUGGCUUCCACGGUCAAAGUGUGUCGCCUCAGCCGCCCCCGAAGCGGGAGCAUGCCGUCUCUUCGGCAGCGUCCGCGUCUUCCCACCGCGAGACGCUGGCCGACCAGAAGCCAACGAAGCUGCUUAUCCCUACCGUCACCUGUUUUGGACCUCCUGACCUUAGUCCCAGGGUUGUGGACGGCAUCGAAGACAAUGGACACGCGUUCCAUUUCAAUGUGGAGCACACCGGGCCCAGAGCCAGAACAGGAAGCGCCAGCGGCACCAAAGAUUCCACGCGAGUCAAUUCUCUGCUUCUGGAAACCGAGGAAGUCCGGCAGAGUAUAAGCCAACUCCACCAAAAGGUGGGAACGUUAAACCAGGAAGUAUCGGAGCUCACCCAAGUCCUGCAGCACAUGAUGCAUCUCCUCCAAGCCCACAUGUCCUCCACACAUCAGUACUCCUACCCUCUUGUCCAUCAGAUGGUGCCCAGGGCGCCCUCUUUCAACGCGGGCAGCCAUGACUCUCACAGCCUACCAAGUGUGCCCCCUUGUGCCCACUGGGGCCACCACGCCUCCAUGCCUCAUCCAGGGUUAGCCCAGCAUCACAGCUCCAGCUCGACCACGCCCCCUUGGACCGGCCCCUCCCUUCUUAGCACCAGAGGCGGCUUCCCAGGUGACAGCCCAAGCCUUGUGCCUAACUCCGGACAUGCCGACCCCCUGGGCAGACCUCUCAGUGCGAGCCCGACCACCAUCAGUCAGUCCCAGCCCACUUUGUGCCUGCAGCCCCCCGCCGACGGCGACGAACGUUUUUGUUUUGGUACGAACUCAUCCACAGACAACCUCCUGGCUCCAUCCGCCACUUCCUCUUACCCUCUUCUCAACCUGCACACGCAUUCCCGUCCCAGUCCAGCCCAAACCCCACACGAGGACACGCGAGCGGAAGUCUCGCAUCUCCCUUUACUCCCAGAUUCCACCCCCUCUGUGGAACACGCCAGUCUGGAGUGCCUACUGGGGACUGGCAGGGACGCUGGGACGUCGCCAAAGCCCAGUAUUUGUGUCCAGACGCCGAGCACGGAUCACUCCUGAUGCCUGGACCUCACAUCAUACACAUCAGUUCAUACAGCUUCUUAACAGUGUUUGGAAAUAAGCUUGCAGACCCCCUGAAGCCCACUUACUGGACAGUAAGUCCCCCAGGAUCUCAUGUUUGUCCAACUUCAUGCAGUAUUAGGGACACACACACACACACACCUCAAAAUACUACUUCUAGGAGAACAAUGCCAUUAUUACCACGUAAAUAUUUACAUUGUUGACAGUAAAGUAGUUAUAUUAUGAGAGUUAAAUGAGUAAAGACAUAAUAUCGCAAGAAGAAAAUGGUAAUUUAAAAGAAAGUUCAUAUAUUAAGGGAAAAAACCUAAAAUUGUAAAGUAAGAAAACUAGUUUGAAUUUUAAAAUCGUUGCAAUGAUAUAAAAAGUUUGAUUUAACUAGAGUUAAGUUUUAAUAGUAUGUGGGAAAAAUAAUUUUACAAGAAUGUCAUUAUUUUGGACAAUAAAGCAAUAUUAGAAAAAAUGUUUGAAAUGUUACAAGACUAAAGUCUUCAUUUUACAAGAAUAAUGUUGUAGCAUUAAGAGAAAAACUCAUUUUCUGAGAAUAAAGUGGUAAUAUUAAGAGAAAAAAGAUGUCAUUUUACAGGAACAAUGUCAGAAAAUUAUGUGGAAAAAUAUUUUUACAAGAAUAAAGUCAUCAUUUUACAAGAAUAAUCUUGUAGCACUAUUAGAAAGAUUCAUAAUUUUCAGAGAAUAAAGUGGUAAUAUCAUGACAAAAAAGGUGUAAUUUUACAAGAAAAAUGUCAGAAUAUUAUAUGACAAAAAAACCUGAUAAUUUUAAAAGGAUAAAGUAAUAGUUUUACAAGAAUAGUCUUGUAGUACUAUUAGUAAGAUUGAUAAUUUUCCGAGAAUGAAGUGGUAAUAUCACAACAAAAACGGUGUCAUUUUACGAGAAAAAUGUCAGAAUAUUAUAUGACAAAAACUUAAGAAUUUUACAAGAAUAAUGUCAUAAUUUUACAAUAAUAAUCUUGUAGUACUUGCUAUUAUAAAGAUUAGUAAUUUUCCAAGAAUAAUGUUGUAACAUUAAGAAAAAAAAUAGUGUCAUUUUACAAGAAAAAUUUCAGAAUAUUAUAUGACAAAAACUACAAGUUUUACAAGAAUAAAGUCAUAAUUUUACAAGAACAGUCUUGUAGUACUAUUAAAAAGAUUAAUAAUUUUCCGAGAUUAAAGUGGUAAUAUCACAACCAAAAAAAAGUGUAAUUUUACGAGAAAAAUGUCAGAAUAUUAUAUGACAAAAACUAAGAAUUUUGCAAGAAUAAUGUCAUCAUUUUGCAAGAAUAAUCUUGUAGUACUUACUAUUAUAAAGAUUAAUAAUUUUCCAAGAAUAAUGUGGUAACAUUAAGAGAAAAAAGGCUUCAUUUUACAAGAAAAACGUCAGAAUAUUAUCUGACAAAAAACAAAUAAUUUUACAAGACUUAAGUCAUAAUUUUACAAGAAUAAUCUUGUAGUACUAGUAGAAAGAUUCAUAAUUUUCCGAAAUAAAGUGGUAAUAUUACGACAAAAAAGGUGCCAUUUUACAAGAAAAAUGUGAGAAUAUUAUAUGAUACAAAAAAAUAAUAAUUUUCAAAGGAUAAACUAAUUAUAGUUUUACAAGAAUAAUUUUGUAGUGCUAUUAGAAAGAUUCAUAAUUUUCCCAGUAUAAAGUGGUAAUAUUAAGACAAAAAAAUGUGUACAUUUACAAGAAAAUUGUAAGAAUAUUAUAUGACAAAAACUAAAAGUUUUACAAGAAUAAAGUCAUAAUUUUACAAGAAUAAUUUUGCAGUACUAUUAAAAAGAUUAAUAAUUUUCCAAGAAUAAAGUGGUAAUAUCACAACAAAAAAUGGUGUCAUUUUACGAGAAAAAUGUCAUAAUAUUAUAUGACAAAAACUAAGAAUUUUACAAGAAUAAUGUCAUAAUUUUGCAAGAAUAAUCUUGUAGUACUUACUAUUAUAAAGAUUAAUAAUUUUCCAAGAAUGAUUUUGGUAACAUUAAGAGAAAAAAGGUGUCAUUUUACAAGAAAAAUGUCAGAAUAUUAUAUGACAAAAAACAAAUAAUUUUUAAAGACUUAAGUCAUAAUUUUACAAGAAUAAUCUUCUAGUACUAUUUGAAAGAUUCAUAAUUUUCCAAAAUAAAGUGGUAAUAUUAAGACAAAAAAGGUGUAAUUUUACAAGAAAAAUGUUAGAAUAUUAUAUGACAAAAACUGAUAAUUUCAAAAGAAUAAAGGCAUAAUUUUACUAGAAUAAACUUGUAGUACUAUUAGAAAGAUUCAUAAUUUUCAGAGAAUACAUUUGUAAUAUUAAGAGAAAAAAAUGUGUAUUUUUACAAGAAAAAUGUCAGAAUAUUAUGUAAAAAAAACCCUGAUACAUAAUUCUACAAGAAAAAAAUCAUAAUCUUACAAUGAUAAUGUAGUAUUAUGAAAAAUCUCAUUAUUUACUGAAAAUAAAAUGGUAACAAGAUGAAGGUCACAAAUUUACAGGAAUAAAGUGGAGAAAAACAUUGUAAUUUCUAAAAAUAAAUAAUAAAUAUUAAAAGGAAAAAUUAAGUCAUUUUACAAUAAAAUGUCAGAAUAUUUUGAGAAAAAAAAUUGAUACAAACACAAAAAAAAAUAACUUUAAGGUUAUAUUAGAAAACUUUGGGGAUUUUUCACAAAUAUAAACUUGUUGACAAAGUUAUAUAUUUUGAUGAUAAUUAACUCCGAAUAGUAUGAGGAAAAAAAGUUAUUUUAUUACAUUAAUAAAGUUUUAGCUACAUGAGGAAAACUUGGGAAUAUUUACAAAAAAUAUUAUUUUUCACCCAUAGAGUUAGUAUAUAGUAAGAAAAAAAUUUUUUCCCUGUAAACAUAACACAACGUUUUUCCUCAUUUUAGAUAUGUGUGUGGCCCUAAUACUCCUCCUGUGUAGUUUUGAGCAUUUCUAUGCAAAAGGCAUAUGGUUGUUUUUUGUGUGCAUUAUCUCAACUUUUACCGACUCGUGUCUAAACUUUAGCAUAUUUUCUUCCAGCUCGCGAUGCGUGUUACCUCCUUGCAUGGUAAAAUAUUCUUUUUCCUAAGGAAAAUGUUUGCAAAAAUCAAUGUGUAAGCAUUCUAGACGACAAGCUAAGAUGAUUGUGUGUUCAUGCAACACGGCGUACAUGUUUGUCGGAUUUGUAAAGUGACUGAAUCGUGAAUUCAAUAAAACCCAACCGAGGCAAAUUAGAUCACUUUCA